AUGGCCAGCCCCAGCCACCAUGAGCUCAGCUUCGUCCACCUCCUCACAGGCGAGCGGUUUCACCUCCCCCAUCCACCGGCAGCCUUCUGUCACCUCCUCCUCUCUGGCGAUCUCGUCCUUGCCUUCGUUCCGACGGUCAGCCGUGCCGUCCAGUACUGCCAUCUUGGGGAUGUUGAGUGGUGCAUGGCGUCACGCACUGAAUCCUACGUGCUUGAGGAUUUGAUCUUUCUCAAGGGAAACCUGUAUGCGCUGGUCAGAUCUGAAGAUGUCGGUGACCUAUGUUACCGUCUCGCCGUGGUCAAUCUGUCAGACAAGAAUUCAGUGGAAUUCACGUUUCUUGGAGAUCAUUUGGAAUCACAGGCCGCACAUGGGUGUUUAUAUUUCUGUCUCGCACAGUGUAUUGAUGAGUUGUUGCUCAUUGGCGCCGUUGGGGGCUGCCCAGAGGAGUUUCAUGUUUUCCAGUGGCAGUCACUGGAGGGCAAGUGGAAAAGGACUACUAGCCUUAGUGACUGCACAUUGUUCUUGACAUAUUUUUACUUUGUAGGCCGUGUUGUUCCGACGAAAGGAAUGACAUGCUUUUCAGGUUAUUUCUUUGCAAGUUGUCUUGGUCCAGAUCAUCCAGGAGUUCCAAGGGACUGCAUAUACUUCACAGAUGCCAAAAGAAAGUGGAUCGAGUAUUCCUUGGCCGAUGGAUCUUGUGAGGAAUUUGUUGCUGAGAACUUAGAGUGA